GAGACUCCUAACGGGACCCUUAACGUCAUUAUGAGUGAGACUCCGAGCUAUCUAUGUUGGUUUUUUUUCAGGAGUCAGUCUCUUCCGUAAAAGGGCGGUUAUGAGGGUAGAAGUGUAAGGUUAAGUUUUUUAAUUUUAGACAGUGCUGUUGUAAUCACUCACCGAACGUUUGUCGAAUAUUUACUGUGCCAUCGGACUGGACACGGGUGAAUGUCUGGAUCCGGAAAUACAGAGAGGAAAAGGUGCUGCUCCAGCCUUUCAGGCCACAGUGAGAACACAUGAAUAGAAGAAGAAAAUUUCUUCUCGCCUCAGUUCUUGCUCUCCAGAAUUCGAGUUUUAUAUAUCCUUCAUGUCAAAGGUGCUUUUCUCGGAUAAUCCUGAUCUCCAAAAGGUCUAAUUGUCCAAAAUGUGGCUCUACUGGUGAAGCUGAAAAUGCUAGUUACAGAUAUAAACUUUCCUUAAAAGUUGCAGAGUCAAACAAAUUGUUUGGUAUUACUGUAUUUGGAAGCUGCUUAGAUGCAUUUUUUGGUCUUACAGCCACUGGUUUGCACAGGUAUAUUCAGGAUCCUAAUGAAAUUCCCGAAACACUGGACAGUGAUACAACUCAGAACCUAUUAACUAAAGCAGUUGAAACUUGCUUUGUUGGACAAAGCUUCAUUUUUGGAGUGACGAAUUUUGAAAACCAAUAUGGACAAGGUUCAGGUUCCAAUAACUUCUUACAGCAGUGCUCAGACCUCAAGAAAGAAGUUAAAGCGCUUAUAGCUUGCCAGAUUGUUCUACCAGACCCAGGUGUUGUAGGCUUCACUGUCAUUGACUAUUUCCAUCAGCUUUUGCAGCUUUCUGAUGUCAGGAAACUUCGUUGUGGUUCCCGGGCACCUAGCAGCCGCUUCCUUGCUUUAGAACACUCAAGUAGUGAUUUCAGCAGCAUAUGUGGCCCUGACAGCAGCUCUUGUUGUUUUGAGUCCCAUGGCAGAGAGAAUUUUUCAGGAUUCAGGCAGCCAUCACUUGAACUCAUUUCCACUGAUUCACAACUAACAGAUGAUGAUUUUUCAGCUUCAGAACAAAGCAAGGCCAUUGGUACUCUUUCCCAGAACAGAAAGUGCAUCUCCUUUACAGAGGCCACUGGUUCCAACACCUGCCAUGAUACCACUCAUAUUUCGUGGAACUUUGUUUCAUACAUGGAUAAAAAGAGUACAGCACAAAAGUUGUGUGAAGAACCUGGCUUACAAGCUAAUCAGCCAAGAGCAGUUCAUAGCAAUCAUCAUGAAAUUAGAGUCUCUGGCUCUAAUUUAUUCCCUUUGAAAGUGGAAAAGCCCCUUGAGCCAACUAAUACAAAAUCCUUUCACAGUACAGUGGAAAUUAAAAAUAGGUAUUCCCAGUGUGAACUAAAAUAUCGCCAGUAUCAUGAUGUAGAUACCCUCCGUGGCCUUCAGGAGAGAUCUGUGUGUUGUCCACCUCCAUCACUCAGAUUUGAAGAGAUAGCUGGUGGUUCCCAGGACUGUGAACCUGAGAUUUGGGAUGAUCUGCCAUUCUCUGAAAGCCUAAAUGAAUUUCUGGCAGCUUUCGAAAAUGAGAUUUCUCUAACUCACACAGAUGUCAGUAGCAGGAAAUGUCAUCUAGAUAAUGAUGUUGGUAAAUUACCUGUAGACCACAGCAGGUUAUCAGUAACUCCCAAGAGAACUACUAGCAUACUGAAUAUGCCACCCAUAGCCUUAAGAUCACCACAAGUGACAGCCAAAGCAAACACCAGCAAAGAUAACUUCCUUUCCAACUGUGAAGCGAAUCUAAGUCCUAGUGUUCAUAAGGAGUCACAUCCAGAGAACACCGCAGAGGCUAUCUCUAUAAGUAGUAGUGGAAGAGACACAUCUGAAAAUUUUCUACCAAAUGUUUAUCUGUCAGCUCUGUUUCCAUCUUCAAAAGGCUCAGGCACAACAAGUACUCUCAAGUCUACUGAAAUUACAUCACAUAGGGCUGAAGUUUCACUUACAUGCAGUGCUUCAGAGAGUGACCAUUCUUGUCUCAAAGGCAAAUAUUUUAAUGGAUGUGGAGAAAAAUCGCUUUCAGAAAUGAGUGAAAAGUUGACAACUUUGCAUUCUAGGAGAUAUAAUGAUGUUUCCAGCCUUCACACCUUAGAAAAUAAACAGUACUCUAGGUUGCCAAAGAACCAGGGUGACAGUUUUCCAAUUUGCAGGAAACUCACAUAUCCUUUAGAAGCUCCCUGCAGUAGUCCAAAUAGAAGUACGAAUACACUGAAAGAAAUGCAUUAUGAACACACCAGUAAUAACUUAACACAGAACUGUUCUACUGGUCAUGAAGGUGGCUACAACGCUUCUGCUGAUCUCUUUGAUGAUAGUGCUAAAGAAAUGGACAUUGCAACAGAAAUGACCAAAAAGUCACAGGAUAUUUUGUUACAGUGGGGAAAGCCUUUGGCAGAAAGUCGUCAGACAGAAUCUGAUUUUUCAUUGAGAUCCCUUUCUGAAAACUCUAGCCAGUCUUCACAAAAAUUAUCCUUGCAAAGCACAUCUGCUUCUCUGUAUCCAAGAACACGUUCCUCUUCACCUCAUUUUCAGUCAGAUUUGGAGUAUGACUUUGAAGAUAGCCAAGAUUUUGUUCCAUGUUCACAGUCAACUCCAGUUGCACGAUUCCACCAAACUAGAAUUCACGACGGGAUGAAAGGAGCUUUCAAAAAAUUUCCUGCGUUUUAUUCAGAUCUUGAUGUUAACUAUAAAAAAACAAGGCUUUCCUCUGAAAAUGACACACAGCAAGCCACCCCUACCUGUCCAAAAAAUAUAAAGACACCCAGCCAGAAAUCCAGAAGUCCUACUAUAUCUGGUAUGACACAACCAGAGAUUUUCAACAGCUGUCCUGUUGCUGAAUGCCCUGAAAGUGAUGUUGAUGAAUGGGUCCCUCCUACCACACAAAAAGUAUUUCUUUCAGAAAUGCAUGGAUUCCAGGCCAUGGGUCUAAGGAAAUUUCCUGCUGCUUAUAAUUCUCCUGAUCAAAAAGAAUUACCAAGAAAAAAACGGAAAUAUGUCAAACAAAGAACUAAUAAAUGUUUAAUUAAGAAGGAGUUAAAUUUAAAGAAUAUGCUUACAGCAGCAGUUACAAAUCAGAAAACUCCUGAAUAUAACAGAACAAGGUCAGGCUGGAUUUUCAAAGAGUCAGUGUUGGGACUUGGUUCUUGUUCAGAAGUCAAAUGUUGCCUUCCACUUUCAGAAAACUGGCCACCUUCCAUGCCUGACACUAAAAGUGCUUGGUCUCCUGAAUUGUUUUCACAAAAUGUCACCUGAACCCAAUUACUGGACUUUCAAAGGUAAGUCUGUUUGGAAACUCUUACCUCCAUUGGCAUGGAAAGCAUUCUUACCAUUUUGACCACUUGAAGAGAAGCAAAGAGAAAAGAGGUGCUGUUUUGCCUUUUAAAUGGUGGGAAGCCAUUGUUUUUCCCAGUGUUUUAUCCAGAAUACUCUGAUUUCAGAUAAUUUUGCACUUUAUCUUAUAUUGUUGAUUGUACUUAAGCAAUAUUGUUAAUUUUGCUUGUUACAAGUAUUUGUUGAAAUCACACGUACAUUCAGAAAUAAAGGCAUUGCAAACCAAAACUUAGUCUUUCUUAAUUGUU